AUGGCAAGUUCAAUUUUAAACUUAUUAGCAGGGAUGGGUGUAGGGUUUUAUCUAACCUACAAUGUGGAUGAUGAAACUCACAAAAUAUUUCAUAAAGAAAUAUAUGUUCCUGUCAAAAACGAGAUGAAGAAAGAUGAUGAACCUAAUUAUUGGACGAGAGUAUUUAAUGCUACAUAAAAGGGUACUUAAGUAUCCUUAACAUAUUUGAAAAAUAAAUAGACGAAGGAUACCUAGAAUAAAAAAAAAUGA